AAAAUGGCGCUGGCCAGUUUUUUGCCUGCUCCAACGCAGUUAUCACAGGACCAAUUAGAGGCAGAAGAAAAGCUGAGAGCACAGAAGUCUCGUCAGACCGCGUUAGUUGCAUCGCGCCGUGAACCACCUCCCUAUGGCCACAGAAAAGGAUGGGUACCCAGAUCCCUUGAGGAUUUUGGAGAUGGCGGUGCUUUUCCAGAGAUACAUGUGGCACAAUAUCCACUGGACAUGGGCCGCAAAAAGAAAAUGUCCAAUGCCUUGGCUGUGCAGGUCGAUGCAGAAGGCAAGAUAAAAUAUGAUGCUAUUGCUCGUCAGGGACAGUCCAAGGAUAAGGUCAUUUUCAGCAAGUACACAGACCUGGUACCUAAAGAGGUGAUGGAUGAAGAUGAUCCUGAGCUACAAAGACCUGAUGAGGAAACAAUUAAAGAGCUCACAGAGAAGACAAGACAGGCUCUGGAAAAAUCAGUGUCCCAAAAGAUUGCUGCUGCAAUGCCUGUACGAGCUGCAGAUAAAUUGGCACCUGCACAGUAUAUUAGGUACACACCCUCUCAGCAGGGAGUGGCUUUUAACUCUGGUGCCAAGCAGAGGGUGAUUCGGAUGGUGGAGAUGCAAAAGGAUCCAAUGGAGCCACCUCGAUUUAAAAUUAAUAAGAAAAUUCCACGUGGGCCUCCAUCUCCUCCAGCACCAGUAAUGCAUUCUCCCAGCAGAAAGAUGACUGUAAAGGAACAGCAAGAGUGGAAAAUACCCCCAUGUAUUUCUAACUGGAAGAAUGCCAAGGGUUAUACCAUCCCACUAGAUAAACGUUUGGCUGCUGAUGGCCGGGGGCUGCAGACUGUCCAUAUCAAUGAGAACUUUGCUAAGCUUGCUGAAGCCUUGUACAUAGCUGACAGAAAGGCCCGAGAAGCAGUGGAAAUGAGAGCCCAGGUGGAGCGUAAGAUGGCGCAGAAGGAGAAAGAGAAAAAGGAGGAAAAACUUAGGGAACUGGCACAGAUCGCAAGGGAACGCAGAGCUGGGAUAAAGUCCCAUACAGACAAAGAGGAUGGAGAAGCCAGAGAGAGGGAAGAAAUACGGCAUGAGAGGCGCAAGGAACGGCAACAUGAGCGAAACCUAUCUAGGGCAGCCCCAGACAAAAGGUCCAAACUUCAAAGGAAUGAAGAAAGAGACAUUAGUGAACAGAUUGCUCUUGGAAUUCCAAAUCAAAGGACAUCAAGUGAAGUUCAGUAUGACCAGCGACUUUUCAACCAAAGCAGGGGUAUGGACAGUGGCUUUGCAGGUGGAGAGGAUGAGGUAUAUAACGUGUAUGACAAGCCAUGGUUGGGCAACAAGAAACUGGCUCAGAACAUCUACCGUCCUAGUAAAAAUACAGAUAAUGAUGUAUAUGGUGAUGACCUGGACACCUUGGUUAAAACCAACAGGUUUGUUCCUGAUAAGGACUUUUCUGGCGCAGAUCGCAGGCAGCGCCAUGAAGGUCCAGUACAAUUUGAGGAGGAUCCUUUUGGUUUGGACAAGUUCUUGGAGGAGGCUAAACAGCAUGGAGGGUCAAAACGACCCUCCGAUAGUGGUCGAGCUAAAGAUCAUGACCAUGACAUGAAGAAGCGCAGGAAGGAGUGAGGUGGCACAUUUGUGUAUUAAUGGGACUGUUAAUGACUGGGUUCAGGAGUAGGAAGACUAUAUGUACAUAAUUGUUUUCAUUUAUUAAGUGUUUAGUCCAGUGGUUGUCUAGAAUUUUGCUUACUUGCAAAAAUUCUACUGCUGCAGGUAACUUUUUUUACACUGUAACUGUAUUUUAGUCAAAAAUCUGCGCUUUUCCAAAACACUUAUGCCAGUACUGCUGCUACUUGCUAGAAUCCAGGAUAUAUUCUAUGUGGUCAAAUGAAGACUCUUCAAGGAAUCCAGUAGUUGUAUGAUAUUUACCUGGCACAUUUAGUAAUAACAGGAGGCUGUACCUGGCGCUGAGAGAAUUUUGUGUAACUGAGCCUGCUGAAAUUCUUGGAGUAUAAACAUACUCAAAAUUAAUUAAAAAGUUAAUUUCAAAAUAUUCAUACAUAGUAGUUUUGAUACAUUAUUUCUCCAGCUUUUUUAACAGGUAACUUUGCAAAAAAGUGAAGCAGUCGUUAUGUAGUGUGAGCUGCAAUAUUUCUGAAUGUUGCAUUAAAUAUGCAAUAUUUGUCUAUCUGGACAUUUUCCUUUUGUAUUACCCCAGUUUAAGGCAGAAUCCCUUGUGUGUUUGUCUGGAAGAGUGGACCCUGCAGCCUAAUAACUCAAUAACAAAAUUAGUUUUUCACUAAAGCAAGGGUGGAGGGUAAUAACCGUUUAUAUUUUUGUAGAUGACUGUUGAACACAAUGUUCUCUGCAGCCAAAGAAGGACUUUUGCCCAAACAUCCCUGUAUUCAUUUAUACUACUACAAUUUAUGAGAAGGAAAAACAAAAUAUGUCUGCUUUUUCCAUAAUAAAAAAAAA